CCAAAGGAUGGAUCGCAGCACUUCCACUGGAACUUGCAGCGGCAACUGCGAUGCUUGAUGAGUAGCACGGAAAGACGCUCGAUUUCGCGCAGUCUCCGUCGGACAGGAACUCCUACACCUGGGGGGCCGAGUUGGGGAGCACAACGUGGUUAUGGCAUCGCAUGCAGCGGGGGUGUAUGGCAGCACCUCAGCGACAACUACUGCAAUGUCCAUGCUGUCUUCCUUUCCGCAGGUCCAGUUCGGGCUCAUGGUAGGCAUUGGGGCUGAGGUCCCAAGGCUGGAAUGCGGCUAUGAUAUCCGACUUGGUGACAUUGUCGUUAGCCAGCCUGAUGGGCAAAACGGCGGAGUCCAGUAUGAUCUUAAAAAGGCAAAGAAAGGAGGUCUUUUCGAGCGCAAGGAAAUUCUCAACAUGCCGCCGGAAGUCCUCCUCAACGCACUGGCUAAGCUGCAGGCUCAGCAUGAAAUCUGA